AUGACAGCUAAUAUUCACUUUUACAAACUUUUAGAAGAAGUUCAUGAAAAUAUCCAGAUUAAAUUACCAGAAACCAUCAUAAUUGGCUUUGGAUUCGAAGAGCCCACUUUUAUGUGAAACUUUGAAAACGAUCAUUUGAGUUUUGAAGUGGUUUCAAAGGAGGAUAUCUUGCAUAUAAUUUCUAGAUGAUCAGCUAAGGAUUCGUUACCGAUAGCGAUCGUUAAAACAGAUGCAAAAAAGCACUGAUGUGAAACCACAGACGAAAUCGCGAAAUUUUUAAAUGAAGAAUGCGUAAUCCAACAGGUAAUAAAGCACCACUCCUCUUUCCCAAACAUUCGUAUAACGUGAGACUUUCAAAAAGGCUACACAAUGGCAACAGAUAACUCUACUUCAGUCCCAAAAAUAAGCCGAAGUGAGCCAAGCCUAUCCACUAAUUUCACAGAAAUAAAUAAAGAUUUUACCUCAAAAAACCGAGAAUUUUUAUGCCCAACAAAACUUCGUAGAGUGACAGAUUCAGUGAAAAAUAUUUUAAACAGAAAAUUAAAAAAUAUAUCAUGUAGGAUUGAGCACCUAGAAAUAGAUUUUUUAAAAUCAGCUGCAAACGAGCAUUUUUUAUUAGGAAUUCACCAAUAUACCUAUUCAGCUUGCAAGUCUCUUCAGAGAUUUGCAAAUACCAGAAAUACAAGUUUCUAUAAGCCUCCUCUUUCCCCUACCUUUAAAACAGCACUUUCUCCAACACCAGAACCUACUCAAAAAAUCUUGACUAAAAAAAAUGACAUUUUAGGAGCAAUUUCUUAUAGUGGAAGUCCACAUGUAGAAAGCAUUGAUGAUGAAAUACAAGAAUUAGUUUCGCCUAAAGGAAAUUAUAAGUUUAUGAGAUAUGGAUAUUGGAAAAAUAAAUUCCAAUCAGGCGAAAAAAUGCUUCCUAAUGAAAUCCAGUAUGCAAAAAAUAUCGCUAAACAUUCUACUAGGAUUUUAACCAUUUUUAGUCAAAUUGUCCAUUUUUGUAUUUAGAAAUAAAAUUGAAAAAUUCAAUACAAUAGAGGAUAAUUGAAACAAGCAAAAAUUUAACUGAAGUUAAAGGGAUGGUAAAAAAACUGAGAGGAAGCAUAGACACAAGCUCAAAGCAUGGGCUUUUUCAUGAAAAAUUAAAGCUAGAGAUCACUGAUCAUAUAUUAAGAGAGCGAGACAGAGCAAGGACUAGACUUGAAGAACAAAUCUGGAAAAAGAAAAGCCAUAAAAAUUUGCCAUUGAUAAUUGAAAAUACAGCAGCAAAUAAUAUUAAUUAUUACGCAGAAUUAAUUGACCAGCAUAUCAUGAGAAAUACCCAAAGAAAUUCUUUGAAGAAAUUGUAA